GUCAGCAGAGGCUUUAUUCUAGGGGAAAAGGCAGACAAUAAACAUAUAACUGCAUGAUGAUUUAAAAGCAACUGUGGUAAGUGCUAUAACAAGAUGAUGAAGUCUAGGGUGUUAGUAGAACGUCAUGACAGGGUCAUCUGCAUAUUCUAUGCCCCCAAAUAUAAGUGACCUGUUGAAAGUUAUUCAACCAGUAAAAGAGGGGGAAACAAAACUCUAUCUUCCUACUUACAGAUUCUCCGGUCUUUGGACCAAACCUUGGAAUAUAACUUAUAUUUGGGCCAACAGCCUUGUUUUCACUAUUUAUAUUCAUAGGCAAAGCCAGCUGGACUAUGCAUGAAUCAACAUUCUAACCUCAGAGAUAUAUUUUAAAAAUUCAAAACAGAAGUUAUCACUGAUAUUGGGUUCACGUGAACAACUGUGUUCAUGAAAGUUGAUACCAUUGCCAUUCCUUGAUUUUUAGAAGCAUAGCAAAGUUAAAACACUCCACACACCCAGAAUGGGCAAUAAAUGGAUGUGUUGGCAUGAUCCUCCUCAUGCUGGCACUUCAACAACACAGCAAGCUAUGUACUUUUGAGCAGGGGUUGAAACAUUUUUCCUGAAAGCGAUCUUCGAGCUUGCAAUUUUGCCAAAUUCUUUUAUUUUUCCAUAAUUUAUGAAUUAUUCUACUUGGCAUUAUUGAAUACAAAAUAAGUUUACUAAGCACCGACCAUGUGCCAAACCCUAGGGAUACAGGGAAAAAUAAAUCUCUGUUCUAAAGUAACUCAUAGUCUAGGAAAGAAGUGAUUCACAAAUAAAGAACUAUGCUAUGUUAUUGAUCAAGUAUUCCUCAUACUUCUUUAGAAUGCCCAAACCUCUCUUGGCAUAAUGACACAGUGCGGGUUGAGGGUGGGGUCAUCAAGGAAAGUCAUAUGGGAAUUUUUUUCCCCAAGAAAGCGUCUUGCUAUCACUUAGGCUGUACUGCAGUGGUGGGAUCAUAGCUCACUGCAGCCUUGACCUCCAGGGCUCAGGUGAUCCUCCCCCUCUGGCCUCCCAAGGAGCUGGGACUACAGGUGUAUGCCACCACACCCGGCUAAUUAUAUUUUUUGUAGAGACGGGGUCUCACUAUGCUGCCCAGGCUGGUCUUGAACUUCUGGGUUCAAGAGUUCUGCCUGCCUUGGCCUCCCAAACUGCUAAGAUUACAGGCGUGAGGUACCGCACCUGGCCCAUAUUGGAUUUUAUUUCCUUUUCUUGGUGCUUAUCUUCCUUCACAACUUCAAGAUGGGCAUAAAAUGUUUGACAACAUGGUUCUUCAUUAAGUCCAAUUCCUAGUCAUAAUAGGGCUUGGGAAAUAAUAGGCACAAAGGCAAUCGUGCUAAUACAAAAAUGGGGGCCUCCUAAACCUUGUUACUUGUUUGCUCACUUAUAAGAAGAGCCAAUUCAAAGGCUCAACUGAAUUCUAGCACUAAGAUUCCUUCCUUGCUGUAGAACAGCUGUACCUAGUCACUUCCAUUAAAGUUACACGGGCGUUGCAAGAAGCCUCCUGCAAUACAGUUUUGACUCAGCAGGCAUGGGAGUAACGAUGGUCCUGUGGUACUUCCUGCACCCCCAGAGUCCCAGAGUUGACACCACGCUGGCUUUUCAGUGGGCGCGUCCCUCCUGGGGGCGUCACCAGACAGCCCCAGGCAGAAGUGGCGGCGGCCCAUCCUCAUGCAAACUGCAGUGUAAGAACUGGGGCCCAGGACUCCUCGCAAACGUGGGACGCUGACAUUCUGUGGUGCUGUCCCAGUGCCAUUUCAAAGCGCUCAGCCCCCAACUUUCCAACUAAUAGCCAUUUCAGGGAGGGACUGCCCAGGACCAGGCUUUUGAUGAACCACGUUCAGGGUGUCGUCUUGGGAGAGCCACGUCAGUCCCUCUGAGAUUCCAAACGGCCGACAGAGGACACCUCGGGACCACAUCCAAGCCUCAGGGACCUGUCAAGACGCCAUCGACGAUCCUGGACCACAUCUCGCCCGGGAAGGGAAGGGUCGCGACCGGACCCUGGAGACCGACGGAUGCCUGGCGAUCUGAACCCACCCCGGCGCUGCCCUCCCGCCCCCACUUCCGAUCGGUCGAAGGUCACGUGCCCUGACCCCGCCCCCGCAGACGCGGCUCCUCUAGCUGAGAGCUGCGAGCGUCCCGGCUUCCCUUCCGCCGGAAGUAGGGCGACUUUCCUUUUCCGGCUACGGGUCCCCAAGCAGAGCGGGAGGCCGGACCGGGGAGCCAAGCGGCGGCGUCGGCUGCGGGGGCGACGGCGGCGGGGGCGGUAAUGGCGGAGCUGGUGCAGGGGCAGAGCGCUCCUGUGGGGAUGAAGGCCGAGGGCAUCGUGGACGCCCUGCACCGGGUCCGACAGAAAGCCACAGGAGUCAUUGUGUUAGAAGAAGGUCUUCACUCGGGCGCUUGAAGAUAUGGUCUUUACAUCUCUUUCCAGUAUUCCAGGGGAGGGAACCCUACCUGUUUCCCUGAUACUGACUUUUCAUGUUAUAUAUUGAUGCUCCUAUAGACAUUAUAUUGGAUCCCAGAACUUUCCAAACCUGUGGUUCCACCUAAAAUUUUAUCUGAUGAAUUGUUACUUUACUGCCUAGGUGCCAACCAGUACGGUAGUGAGUAUCCAUCUUACUUAGACUUCAGAUCCACCCAUGGCUAUAAUGGAUGAACAUACCACCCAGCUCCCCUUCCACCACUCUGCUUGCUGGUGUGUUACGGUGCUCUCCUCUACAGUACAGGGUCCUGAACCUUGUUUCUCACUGGCUACUAAUAUGUAGUGGCUUUCGCUCUGUGCUGAUGUGUGACAGUCAACUUGUUGGCCUUCUAUGUCCGGGAAGAAUUAUAGUCACUGCCUUAAAGGGCUCAGAUCCUCAGUUUGCAGAAGGCCUGUAGUUGAACAUAAAGUGAAUUUUGAACCAUUGAGAAGACAUUCCGCUUCUCUUGAGCCAGUGGUUGAACUCAUAUUCUUGGACAACCUGCUCCAGAGGGAAACCCUCUGUUAAAUGCUGACCUAAUGUGGAUUGUUGAAGCAGUGGUGUUUACUACUAGCAGUGAAAACUUCAUUGGAUUUGUUCUCAGCUCUGAAAUGCACCAUUGACUGGAGCAGUAAUAAGCCCAAUGGAGACAGGGCUGUAAGUGUGUUCCUUCUGAAUGUUAACAGCUGGAGGUCCAUACUAUCUCCAAGGAUUUGAUGGCCUUUAAAAACUAAAGAAAAAAACAGAUUGCUGCUAAAAUUGAUUCAAUUCCUCACUUGAAUAAUUCCACACCUCUAGUGGACCCCUCAGUAUAUGGAUAUGGAGUACAAAAACGGCCCUUGGAUGAUGGAGAUGAGGAAACCAGUUUCUGAAGAAGUAAGUGGUUUGACCAAGGCCAGAUAGAUACAUGUAGGUAACCAGUUAGGGGCCUUGGUACAUCAAAGGACAGUAAUAACGGAAGAAUUCAAAGUGCCUGACAAAAUGGUUGGAUUUAUUAUCGGCAGGGGAGGUGAGCAGAUUUCACGGAUUCAAGCAGAAUCUGGUUGCAAAAUUCAGAUUGCUUCAGAGAGUUCUGGGAUUCCAGAGAGGCCCUGUGUACUUACCGGAACCCCAGAAAGUAUUGAACAAGCCAAACGGCUCCUGGGACAGAUUGUGGACCGCUGUCGAAAUGGACCUGGCUUUCAUAAUGACAUAGACAGCAACAGCACAAUCCAGGAGAUUCUCAUUCCCGCAUCUAAAGUGGGUCUGGUCAUCGGCAGAGGAGGGGAAACAAUCAAGCAGUUGCAGGAGCGGACAGGAGUGAAGAUGGUCAUGAUCCAGGAUGGCCCAUUGCCCACGGGAGCAGACAAGCCUCUUCGUAUCACUGGAGACGCAUUUAAAGUACAGCAAGCAAGAGAAAUGGUACUAGAGAUUAUCCGAGAAAAAGACCAAGCUGACUUUCGGGGUGUACGUGGUGACUUCAGCUCCCGAGUGGGAGGAGGCAGUAUAGAGGUAUCUGUGCCUAGGUUUGCUGUGGGCAUUGUAAUAGGAAGAAACGGGGAAAUGAUCAAAAAGAUCCAGAAUGAUGCUGGUGUGAGGAUUCAGUUUAAACCAGAUGAUGGGAUUAGUCCAGAAAGAGCUGCCCAGGUCAUGGGCCCUCCGGAUCGGUGUCAGCACGCAGCGCACAUCAUCAGCGAGCUGAUUCUCACAGCCCAGGAAAGAGACGGCUUUGGAGGCCUGGCAGCAGCCAGAGGAAGAGGUCGUGGCCGUGGCGACUGGAGCGUGGGAGCCCCUGGUGGCGUCCAGGAGAUAACAUACACGGUGCCAGCCGAUAAGUGUGGCCUUGUCAUAGGCAAAGGGGGUGAGAACAUCAAAAGCAUCAACCAGCAGUCAGGGGCGCACGUGGAGCUUCAGAGGAACCCCCCUCCCAACAGCGACCCCAACCUGCGGAGAUUCACCAUCAGGGGGGUUCCCCAGCAGAUCGAGGUGGCCAGGCAGCUCAUAGAUGAGAAAGUUGGCGGGACCAAUCUCGGAGCACCUGGAGCCUUCGGACAGAGUCCCUUCAGCCAGCCACCUGCCCCACCUCAUCAAAAUACCUUUCCUCCGAGGAGCUCCGGGUGCUUCCCAAACAUGGCUGCCAAGGUGAACGGGAACCCCCACAGCACCCCCGUGAGUGGUCCUCCGGCCUUUCUGACCCAGGGCUGGGGCAGCACCUACCAGGCAUGGCAGCAGCCCACACAGCAGGUCCCAAGCCAGCAGAGCCAGCCGCAGAGCAGCCAGCCCAGCUACAGCAAGGCCUGGGAAGACUAUUACAAAAAACAGAGUCACGCCGCCAGUGCUGCUCCUCAGGCCAGCUCCCCACCGGACUACACAAUGGCCUGGGCAGAAUAUUACAGACAGCAGGUCGCUUUCUACGGACAGACGUUAGGGCAGGCGCAGGCCCACAGCCAGGAGCAGUAGGACAGUGUCCUCCUGGCCAACUUUCCCUCAGAAUCAUUGUCAAAGAAAACCUAUUUGUAACAGGUUUUUACAUUCGCAAACCUUUUGAUGAAGAACCGUUGUUUUGUUCUGUGAAACACUAUAUUUAGAUUAACGGAAUUUUUCUAAAAAUCGGGAAAGUUAGUUACUAAAAAUUGCUGAUCGUUUUUGUUUCAUUAUUUUUGUUAUUUCAAAUGUAUAAGCUCUGGGAUUCUUUUUGGAGCAAUACCUACAAAGUCAGGCACCGGAACGUGCCUCAGAGCUGUGACAUUUCAACAUGAUGGUUUCGGUUUUGUUUUGUUUUGUUUUGUGUCCUUUUUAUUUGCAGUUUUUUCUGUUGCAACAGAAAGUGGCUUGGAAGUCUUAGGUGGUAUGUAACAAAUUCUUUUUAAAAAUUUUAAAGCAGUAUUUAAGUAUUCUUAAAUGUGUAAAUUCAUUUAAUGUUUUACUUCUAAUUUGUUGUAUCUUGGCUGUCUGGUUUUAUUGCAUUUUUAAAAAAACUGAACUAUUAUGUAUUGUAAUGAAUGAUGUGAAUUCUGAAUUGAGACAGAUAAUUGUAUUGCUGUCCAACAGGGGUUGGGAGGGGCAUUUUGUAGGGUUUGUAUAAUUUCUAGAGUUCUAAAGGGGUAAUAUAAAAAUGUGUUCGUGUGUUUAGCAUACGUUUGUUUCAUGUCUCCAUUACCAGUCGCAACUGUGUAUCUAAGACCUCCAAGCUUGUUUUUAAAACAAAACAAAAAACCUUUCUCUAUUCUCUCAGAAAUAUAAAUACUGUUAUUUUUAAUAUUAAGAAAUUCAAUAUAACUUUUAACACACACUGUGGAACAUUAAACCAUAUAAAAAUGUAGUUAUAACUAUUUUUAAUUCCAAGGUGUUGUUUGCUCUUUUCUUUUAAAUAUUUUCUUAAUAUUUUGUCAGAUUAACUAGAUGAAUAAAUUAGUAUUAACCGCAUUAUGAAUUAAAUAAUUUUGAUUUAAUAAAAGGGAUAAUAUGAUUUCCAGUGUUUACUGUAGUGUAUCUUGUACAGAUAACAUGUAUUUUUAAAGGAAAAAAAACGGAAUUGAAGCUAUUUUUUCUUGCAUUUCUAAUUGACCUGAGGGACAUUCCGUUUGAAAUGUACUGAAGUUACAGUUUCUGGUUUUUUCUCCUUAUUUUUCUUAUAAUGCUUGAAAUGUCUAACUAUUAAAAAAGACAAUUGGAAAAUGUUAUGCAUGUGGUUUUUAAGAAAAAAAGUGUUCUUUUUAUUUGACUGACAAUUCAUUUUACACUCUAUAUAAUAAAAUUUCCACAAGACAUCUUGUGGGCAAAGUC